AAAAGACUACAAACUAACAUCUAAUAACUGUAUAGUAGUAAUUAUUUAUUCCGAAAAUAUUAAAUUUAAAACUAGGGUUUCCAAAUCAGAUUAAUCAACAUCUCCUGAUUAUCCUACCCACAAUUUUGUUUGUUUCCCAAACAAGUAUCUGACCCGGGAGGACCCGACCCGGCCCAUCGUUUUCUUGUUGGUUGCCAACAAAUAAUAAAAUGAUUUUUUUUUUCUUUCAAAAAAGUCUGUUAAAAGGCAAAUUCGAGAAGAAAGCUAAAAAGGAAAGCGAAUGCUCUUCCUCACCACUAACCAGAGAAACUCGUAGUGAUAGAGAAAGAGAAGAGAGAGAGGAUGGGUUUGAUAUCAUCAACGAAAGAGACGAAGAACAGUGGAAGAGGAAUGAGUUUCCUCUUCGUCUUCUUCCCUGACCACAACAACAACGACGACUCUCCUUCUCCUUCAUCUUCUUCUCCGUCAACGGCAACGACUCUCUUCCGCUCCAGAUCUUCCCGUCUCCUCCUCUCCAAAGCCCAAUCCACAAUCUCAAUCUGCAUCCUCCUCCUCCUCCUCACCCUCUUCCUCUUCACUCUCUCAACCUUCGAACCUUCCUCCUCCGUCUUCCCCACCGUCUCUCCCCGUCGAUUCCUCCUCUCCCGCGACGUCGCCGGAGCUCGCCGUCUCCCAAACCACCGCUUCGCUCUCCAGGGGAUGGGCGCUCUGUUCCUCAGAGGAACCAAGAGCAUGCACGACCUGAUCGUCGCUCAUAUCGCUUCCGAUACGACGGAGCGAGAUCUCCGCCUCUUCGUCCGGUUGCUACUCCGCUCCGGAGCCACUUCCCGAUCCGACGUCGUUUUGCUAUUCGAUAAUUAUUCUAAGAGAUUCAACCGUUUGAUCGAAGAAGAGAACAACUCGUUCUCGAAACUCGUUAAUCUGUACCGGAACUCGAAUCAGACCGACUCGGUUUGGUCCCGGUUUACGAAGAACCAAUCGAAGAAGGACGCGUCUGAGCCAAUCUGGGGGAAGAAGACACACCGAGCUAAUAAUAACGAGACCGAGUCAAACGAGUUGACUCACGGAUCGGUCGUGGGCUUCGACGUGGCCGAGCUGGACCCGGAAAACUCGCUAUCGGGCUUCAUGGACCACGACGUCCCGAUAGCCUUGAGGAGAUGGGCCUGUUAUCCAAUGCUACUCGGACGAGUCAGACGCAACUUCAAGCACGUGAUGCUCGUCGACGCGAAGACCUCACUGUUCCUCGGUGACCCGUUAACCCGGGUUCGUAACCGGAGCCCCGAAUCAGUCCUCUUCUUCAAACACGGUAAUAACAAGAUUAACCCGGCGGUUAUCAUCGGUGGAGCGAAAGGGAUCAGGAGGCUAUCGAGCGCCAUGCACACAGAGAUCGCGAGAGCGACGAUGCAGCAGCGCAAGAGAAAGAGCUCGGUGUCGGAAUCGGGAGUGCUGAGUCAGCUCGUUGGGAACGUUCAUAUGACGAAGGGCUUUGAGGUGGUUGGUCCGAGUGAGGUGGUUGCGGAGGCGAGUUCGCUCGCUGAGUUGAGGACGAUAAACUCGGCGGCGGCUUCGUCUAAGAGUAAUGAUAUAGUACAACGCGGUAAUAGUAAACAUUUGGACAUUACGGCGACUAUUAUGAAACGUAUUUGUUCGUCUGAGUUUUAUUCUUCUGUUUAUAGUUACUGUUAGUUAGCAUUAUUAUUAUAUUUUUUUGGUAAUUUAAAAAAGAGUAAACAUAAAACAAAAAUAGGGGGAUUUUUGGUUAUUCAAUUAAUAGAUUUUUGUAUAUAUUUGACAGUUGUUAUCUUCUUAGAUUUUAUAUUUGGAUGUUUAUUUAGGUCCACGUUCUGUAUUCGUUUUGGACCAAAAAAACAAGAAAAAUAAAAUUAUUA